UAUCGGUCCCCACACAACACACACUGCGCAUAUGCGGAAGGGAUCCCAUUUUCAAUUAGAUCUGACUAUCGCUGUGUCGUUUGUCGAACAUUCAAUAACGUGAGACUGUGUGAAUCUGAUGUGACAGUGUCCCUUCGUGUAGGUAUCGCUGGAUGCAAGUGAGGAGAUCUAUGUGUCUGGAGAACUAAAAUGGAGACCUGAGGUCGAGGGUAUAUCUGUGUGACUGUCCUUAUUCAGGUUUAAGGACUUGAAGCCAUGAUAUCUAUGGACAUUAUGGAGAGGUUGCCCUUCAGUACGGACAAGCUGAAGCAAUCAGCGCCAUGUGCCUUGAAAAUAGCCGGUGCACUUUUCUCAUUAAUCGGCAUCGCUGCGUCAAUACGUUGGGCAACGUCUUCCACACAACCUCCGCAACUCAACGACAUCCCAAACAACGGAUGCAGUUCUUCAACAACUGAUGGUUGCCCAUGGCAACACGUGAUAUCAGACUUAGCCAAUCGUCUGCAAUUACUAGAGAUGGCAUUCAAAGAACAGGUGGUUGCCAGGGAAACAAUAAUAAAAGAAGUCAGUAACCAAACAGAUGUGAAUUCUUCGCUGGAAAAAAAAUUAACAAUAUUUCUUCAGCGGUUGUCUCAACUUGACUCACAUAUACAUAGUCUAGAGGUCAGGCUUGAAGAGUUGACAAACAGAUUACACUCAGAUGAGUCGCUUGGAUUCUUAGUCAUAGUGAUGAUAAUUGUUGAAGUGAUGCUUCGACUUCAUCCAAAGGUUCAGAAGCUGAAUCCUUUCCGAAGAUUUUCUAGAGAUGGGAAAGACUGCAAUCAGAAAGCCGAGAAAGAUUCUUCGUCCGUUUCCAAGAUGUCGUUGUAUGUGUACAGCAUGCUCAAGUGGACUCCGGUCAACCUAUCUUUAAAACGAUUCCCCCUACAGCGUGCUAAGUACAGGAAAUCAUCCCUUCAAUCUACCAGUGCCUCCACCAAUGGCGAUCACUCCCCUAGGCACCGUGUUGCUAACGGUGUAAACUUUUCUCCCAAGCACGGCGUGUCUCUGAAGAACGAGUUGUGUGUGGUGUUGUUCAAACGUGAAAACAAUAACAUCGUAGCGACGCUGAUAGAAGCCAUCUUGAAACAACUGGAUGACGUCAGGUUAUCGGUGAAACCUCACUACAUGAUAGAAGGGCCGGAACACCUCAAGUCUAUACCCAGGGUCAAACUGUUUCUGGUCGUGUCUGAGAUGGAAGACAAGGGAGGCCAGAGCUUCCUCCGAAUGCAGGAUAGCGACCUGCAUACGUCAGCGGUUCGUUUCAUGAAGUCGCUAGGAGCGCAAAUAAUUCUCAUAAUGGCAAACGACGAAGGUUCAAAGAAGCUGACGGCGCAUAACAUGUACAACACCAGUUUACGUCUCGUCCAAUCACAUGAGGUGUUACAAGAGUUGGCGUCUACCGGAAGAGUGUUUAGCAUUUGGCGCGAGUUGACGUCACAUCAACUUAGUCACCUCAGGAAAAUCAUACGUUCAGUAUUAAAUAUAAAGACAAGCAUACGGUGAGAGAAAAUGGCCUAACUGGGCGUGUCCAUAACCUGAACUGCAUAUCGAAGUCGUGGACGGAAGGUCGUCUCUACGAUAUAAUGCCCAUAGGGCAGUCUGGAGAGAAAAUACUGUGCAUCCGGUGUCGCCGGAAGUGAAGACGUUUGUGAGCUGCGACAGUUUACUAUAGACAUUGGGCCUGUUUCUCACUUACGAUGGACUGCGACGGUUGGUCGAUCCCUGAAAUAAAAUGUUAUAGCUGGACGUUCAUACUAGAGAAACAUAGAAUAAGCUGCAUUUCUUGUCCAUUGGAGGUUAUUGUUAGGUAUUGAGUACAAAGAUGCAUAAACAGAUUGGUGAUUUUUGUAGUAGCUUUCAUGGAAAAACGUGAUGCGUAACAUGAGAAAAACAUUCAUACAUUUCUGGGUCCCGUUCCAAUAAGCGAUCUUAGCGUUAUGACUGUCAUAUGUUGGUGUGCUUAACGACUGUCGUGGAGUGAUGUUAAAGCAUUGGAAGAAAAGGGGAGGUCGGGUAGCCUAGUGGUUAAAGCGUUGCUCGUCACGCCGAAGACCCGGGUUCGAUUCCCGACAUGGGCCCAUUUCUGGUGUCCCCCGCCGCGAUAUUGCUGGAAUAUUGCUUAAAGCGGCGUAAAAGCAUACUUACUCACUCAUUGGAAAUAAAACGUCUUGUGGUGAGAUCGCCUUGUUGGACGGGACCCCUGAACCAUUUAGUAAGCAUAUAUUUCCGUCUUACUACAUCAUGUCAUCAAUUCAUCCCAAACGCUCAAGAUAUAUUGUUUUCACAAUGGAAGUCUUGCAUCAGUCGCAAUAUGUGCAUAUGCAAUCACUAUCUUGAUUAAUUUACUCAUAUGUCAAUUCCAAGUCAGCAUUCUGUUUGUAGCUUUGUGGUUUUAUUGGAAUGAUACAACAUCCGAUCGGUAAUUCUGUUUGAACGUUAGAUGUUGGUUAUUGGUUUAUCAUCAUAAUUCUUGUCAUUAAAUUCAGAAAAAAGCUUUCAUGUUUAUUUUGAAACAAAUAUAACACUUAAUCCUGAAUAAUUAGUUUUUACGGGACUCCAAACAGACCAAAGCCUCUUGUCCAUUAACACAGGCAGAACCCAUUGCAUUUUCAGUGAGGUUGUGGAGUACUUUAGUGUCAACAGUACAUUCAUGUAGAUGCUGUAAGUCAGGGCCCGGGCACGGGUGGCCCAGUCGUCUAAGGUGCCACAAUUUGCUGUGCAGAGUUGCGUCCCUAAGGCACGCCAGAAACCCAUGAACGGGCAUUCGAAUCCCAGAUUCGCCCUGAUUGUGGUUGUAGGUUUGUCAGCACCAUACCCGUUAUCGUGGGUUUCACCGAAGUGGUAAAUUUCUCGGACCUGCCUGCACUUCGGGUUUUCCUCCCACCUGACACGCCGAGCUAUAUCUGAAAGUAUUUCAAAGCAGCGUUAUACCAAACUCACUCACUCAUGAUUCAAACGUCGGCUAAGACGAAGUUGGAUAUAUAAAAAAUGUUCUGAACGAAAUCCGUUCUAAUCCCAUAGCAGUGGUAAUAAAUGUUCAAGAAUAAUUUUGUUCAUGUACAUUUGAGUUAACUUUGUCUCAUAACCAAUUUGUACCACUGAAAGAUCCAUCGUGAUGCAUAGAGAAAAUGACAAGGGUUAUCUAAUGAUGUAUUUAUCUACAUACGAAUAUAUUUGUACUAUAACAUGAAGACAACGCUAUAUUUGCCUGUGUCACACCUUGUACAAACUACAGUAUGUAUGCUCAACGUGUUCCUUUGUACCAGUUUAUUUUACAGUGGAUGUUUUGUUACGUAUUAUAUUGUUGUUGAUUUAUUAUGUUUGUUGGUAAUUCAGUAAACUUGAUGAGA